GACAAGUUUUUAAAGAGUUGUGUGAGGGAGAAACUGCCUUUCUGUUGCUUCCUUGCUGUAUUCUCAUUGUUUGCAGUGGCAAUACGCGUAUUAAAGGAGAGUCUUGCGACAGCGAACUCUACUCUUUUUAAGAGGGCGUUGUUUACAACGUCGUAAACUCAGUUACGAGUCCUUAAGGAAGCAGAAGUUCGAAGCAAACGUGGAUAUGAAUUGUCAUAUCCUGUUGAUAACUUCUAAUGGGUUUCUCAGAGAAGAUUGUACGUCAGGCCAGUGUAAUGUAGACGCGCCCUGGAGCUGACAGAAGACAUUUGUUAAGCAAUGGGCAGUAAAUGAAAAUAAGGAGCGUUUAUCGUUCCAGUAGUUAGUGAUGAUCCGGUUAAAAUACGCUGUGAUUUUCUAUCUUUGUUUUAUACUACUAAUAUUUUUAACAGCUUUACAGUUAUUCUUGGUGGGUUUUCACGACGUACGGAAGUCCACUGAGAAAGAAUAUGUUCAAUUGGACAACAGCGUACCGAGGAUCAGUCUGCAUGAUGUUAAAGAUCCGAUUGUACUCUGGUGGACACCAUUCACCGGAGACUUAGGAUCUGUUAAACAGUGUGGAAACAAACGAUGCUUCUUCACACAAGACAGGAGGUUUCAGAACCAUCCAUUAACAAAGGCAUUUGUUUUCUACGGUUCCCGUUUUGAUAUGUUUGAUCUUCCGUUACCACGUAAUUGGGAGGAAUACAGUUGGGCUUUAUUUCACGAAGAAUCUCCAAAAAAUAUUCCUGCUUUUUCACAUUCAAAGGCACUUUCACUAUUUAAUAUUACUGCCACAUUUAGCAGGCACAGUCACUUUCCUUUGACUUUUCAGUACUUAAAAGAUUUGGAUGUCUUGACUGGUACAAAAUACUACUUGCCUGUAGAACUCAAAGAUGUGCUACUAGAUAAUCUCGCCCCAGUUGUGUAUGUCCAUUCAGACUGCAGCACACCACUUGAACGUGACACAUAUGUUGCAGAACUGAUGAAAUACAUUAAAGUAGAUUCGUAUGGUGCCUGCUUACAGAACAAAAAGCUGCCAGAAUAUCUUUCAGAGCCUAUCACUGGGAUGGAUGCAGAAGAUUUUUUUCACAUAUUGGCUCAGUACAAAUUUACCUUAGCAUUUGAAAAUGCAGUUUGUGAAGAUUACAUAACAGAAAAGUUGUGGAGAACGCUUAUAGUUGGCUCUGUACCUGUGUAUAUGGGAUCACCUUCUGUAAUGGAUUGGUUGCCAAACAACAAUUCUGCCAUACUAGUAGAAAACUUCAGUUCUCCAAAAGAACUAGCAGAUUACUUGAAAGAAGUAAACAGAGACAGAAAGAAGUAUGAAGAAUUUCUCCAACAUAAAAUAGGCCCUAAAGGACGGAGAAUUACAAACAAAAAACUUCAAGAAGCAAUGACGGAGCGGGAAUGGGGUAUCGAUGGCGAUUUUGAGAAAACGAAUAUGGUGGAUGCAUUUGAAUGUUUUGUAUGUGAAAAUAUGGAUAAAGAACCACCACUGCCACCAGUAGACAUACAUCACUACUACUGUCCACGUCCUAUUUCUCCUCUUACAAAACAAGAAAAUAAGAGCAACUUCUGGCUGGAGCAGUGGUACAGCGGCAGAUGUGAAGCUGAAAUACUGCGCAAUUAUAUAGACAGCGAUGUAAUUCACUUUACAAACGAUGAGUUUAAUGACAAAAUGGAUCAAAUGUUUUUUGAUAAAAUUUGUUGAACAAAAAUCUUUGUGGUGUAAUACUCUAUCAUUUUAAUGUCAAUUUUUAUCACUAUUGUGCCACCAUCUGUGGCCUCCCAUUCUCAGAUUAAUCUGUCAUUUCUACAAUAAUUCAUUUGCAAUAUAGUGAGGGUGGGGAAGACACACCAGCAGUUAGCUAACAAACAUUGAGGAUUAAGGAGGGUUAUUAAGUACUCAGGUUUUUAAUGACAGGGCAUAGAAAAUGGUUUUUCAUGCAGUUCAUAUAAUAUAAGACAAUGUGUGGGCUGCUGUUUACUUCAGUUCUAAAGUGAAUGCCAUCACAAUUGAAAAUCAUGAAUAAGCCUUUUUUUUAAAUUCAAUUCCUGGCCUUUUUCUACAUCUGAUAUUAAACGAAUUCCUCAAACACAGAAAAACCAUCAAUAGUAACAUUUAUUGUGACACACUCUGUAGCCUAUAAAGAGUAAAUGGCCUGGGCUGUUCAGACGGAGUGAUUCUACUCCACGAUAACAUGUGUUAACGCAUCUCAAAGAUGAAAAAGUGUUAUGGUAAAAUUGAAGUGGGAGCAACUUGAGUGUCUUCCCUACAGCCAGGACAUGUCACCCUGUGGCUUCCAUGUGUUUGGUCGACUAAGAAAAAACAUCUCAAAGAGAAGUGUUUCAACUAGGAGGGUGACCUGAAAGACACAGUGGACGACUGGCUCCUGUCCCAGCCACAGGAAUUCAGAGAACAGGGAAUUCCUUGGUCCGUGAAACAGUGGGAUAGUUGUGAUCAGGCCUUUGAUGAUUACAUUAAAAUAAAGACUUCAAUGACACCCACAGUGGUUUUCAUACCUUUUCUUGUGAACAACCCUCGUAUAUCUGGAGAACACCUUUGUUGUGUUGUCACAGGCAUACAAAUCUGAAACACUUCAAAAUGGAGCUUGACCACCUGUACUUUCCAAAAGGUAUCAAGAAUAUCUGUGAUACCUAUUUACUGAUAAUUUGCAAUUUAACUCUUGUAUAAGGUCCUGCAGUAUAAUCUGCCAGGAUUUCAGCUAUAUUUGGCAUCACUUUUAAGCUUCCCUAAUAUAAUUUAUACCCUAGAGUGUAAAUUUCCUUUGUGGGACAAUUUAGUACUAUUAUUUAUAGCACCUUUUCAAUUAGCUCCUCAAAUGGCACCAGAAUAUAGUUAACUUUUCAGUUUUGCAUACAUGGGAAAAGACUGAAGGAGAAAUUGUGGGGAAAAUUUAACACUUGAGUCAGUCCCUUCAUACCACUCAGUGUUUAUAAUCAGGAGAGUUAAUACAAAGGGAUAUAUGUAAAUAAUUGGACUUUAUGUGGGAUAAUUUGUUGUCAAAUUCAAGCAGAAUUUUACUCAAACAUGUGGGUCCUGCACCAGAUAAAACCAACUGGCAGUUCUGAAUGUAUAAAAAGGGCAGCACAAAUAGUUAAGAGGUUGACUCAUAGGAGAGCUUCAAGGAAAUGAUAGGCAAAUGCUUAAAGAUAGACACUAACUGAAGCAUCAAAUCCAAUGUACAAAGUACAGAAAUCUUGGAGUAUACUACAAUGUGUACGUUUUGCUGUGAUCGGGACCGCAAAGAGGCUAUGUACAGCUUGUUUAAAUAAUCUUUCUUCCUGUGUGUCUUACACAAAUGGAAUGGAAAAAAAAAAAAAAAAACCUU